UACAAUUUACACCACAAAAGGUAGUUGAAUUCUAAAAAGCACUCAACAAAACGCCGUCAUAUAAGCCCCAAACACACACGCACACUCACUGCGUGCUGCGAUUUUCCACCUUUCUCCGCCUCUCCGCCGUCAUCGACCUCCGUCAGCCGUUAGAAAGAAGCUUUAGCAGGCGUGGAAUGCUACCUUGAUUCUGAUCGUAUAUUAUUUGUCCGAUUAUUUAGUUUUUUUAGGAUUUUUUUUCUGUUGAUUUAAUGGCGUCGGAGGAUGUGAAGACGAGCGAAUCUGCGGUGUCGAAGAUUGUUAAUUUCGCGGAGGAGGCGAAGCUGGCGAAGGAAGAUAUAAAGCCCACUAAACAUCAAGUUUACAGCAUCUGCAAAUCUCUGGUCGCCGGAGGCGUCGCCGGAGGAGUGUCGAGGACUGCUGUGGCUCCUCUGGAAAGGCUUAAAAUUUUGCUUCAGGUUCAAAAUCCCCACAAUAUUAAAUACAAUGGUACUGUUCAAGGCUUGAAGUAUAUAUGGAGAACUGAAGGCUUAAGGGGAUUGUUCAAAGGCAACGGCACCAACUGUGCUCGAAUUGUCCCAAAUUCCGCUGUUAAAUUCUUCAGCUAUGAGCAGGCAUCUAAAGCUGACAAACAUUUUAAGUCUAACUUUAUCCCAACUAAUUAUGCAGAGGAUGCUCAGCUGACUCCUGUUUUACGUUUGGCGGCGGGAGCUUGUGCUGGAAUUAUUGCUAUGUCUGCUACAUAUCCAAUGGACAUGGUUCGGGGCAGACUUACUGUGCAGACAGAAAAGUCUCCUUAUCAGUACAGGGGAAUGUUUCAUGCUUUGUCAACUGUGCUACGUGAAGAAGGCUUUCGUGCACUGUACAAGGGUUGGCUUCCUUCUGUCAUUGGAGUGGUCCCUUAUGUGGGUCUCAACUUUGCUGUCUAUGAAUCCCUUAAAGAUUACCUGAUCAAAUCAAAACCCUUUGGGCUUGUAGAAGAUAACGAACUCGGUGUCGUGACAAGACUUGCAUGUGGGGCCGCUGCUGGAACAGUCGGGCAAACUGUUGCUUAUCCUCUCGAUGUAAUUCGUAGAAGGAUGCAAAUGGUCGGGUGGAAUAAUGCUUCGUCAAUCGUCACUGGCGGGAAAAAGGCUGCGCUCGAGUAUAAUGGCAUGAUUGAUGCUUUUAGGAAAACUGUGAGGCACGAAGGAGUUAGAGCCUUGUACAAGGGUUUGGUCCCUAAUUCAGUCAAGGUUGUGCCAUCAAUAGCAAUUGCUUUUGUGGCGUACGAACAAGUGAAAGAGUUGCUCGGGGUAGAGAUUAGGAUUUCCGACUGAUGCAAACUUUUGGGUUUGAAAAGAGGAGAUGAAAACUAGAGAUAGAGAGAGGAAAAGAGAGAGAGAAAGAUGGUGGGGAACAUUUUAACAUGUGUUUAUAUAUGUGUUGAUUUACCAGUUUCUUUGUUUUUUCCUUGGUUUUCUUCUACAGCUCAGUAGAAAGUGCUGUCUCAAAAUAAGGUAUUAGCAAAUUAUGAAUCAAACAAUAGCUUUUCCUGUUCCUUGUGUGGUUUACUUUUUGCUAAUUAACUCGGUUUUUGAAUGAAUGGCUUUGUAAUGUUUCAGUUAUGAAAAAACCUGCUCAUUUUUUAUCAA